ACAAAAUAAUCUACUUUUAAACCGUCCUUCUCGAAUUCUCCACCCUUCACUUUCUUCUUCUCUCUUGUCUGCUAGGGUUCAGCCAUGGAAGGAACUCGAUCUUCAGAUCUUCAAUGAUAUCGUCUCUUUUCUGAAGGGGGGAAGAUAUAAAGAGAAUCAUUUGGUGAGCAGUGCAAGAGAAGAGAGUGAAAUAAUGUCGAGCGGAGGAAACACACAUUGGUGUUAUAGAUGUAGGUGUCCUGUUCGACUCCGAGGAAGGGAUUCAGUUUGCUCAAGAUGUGAUGGUGGUUUUAUUCAAGAGCUCAAUGAGGUGGAAGGCAUGGGCCAGAUGGAUAUAUUAGGCUUAGAUUCUGAUGUUGAUCGUGACCAGAGGUUUGGACUAAUGGAAGCUUUUUCAGCUUUUAUGAGGCAACGGUUAGCUGGAAGAAACCGUGACUUUGACAUCAGAGGGAGAUCUGGUGUGAUACCCGAGAAUUUCGGCUCUGGUUCUGGUCCUUGGUUGAUCUUUAGUGGCCAAAUUCCUGUUCGGAUGUCUGAAAAUGGGAUUGAGGUGCUUCUUAAUGGAGGUCCAGGAGUUGGCAUAAGGCGAGCUAGUGGGAAUGAUUACUUUCUAGGGCCAGGACUGGAAGAACUUAUCGAACAACUCAGUAGGAAUGAUCGGCAGGGCCCACCCCCAGCAGCUCGUUCUUCGAUUGAUGCAAUGCCCAUUGUUAAGAUAUCUCAGAAGCAUCUGCGCACCGAUGCCCACUGUCCAGUUUGUAAAGAUAGAUUCGAGUUGGGGUCAGAGGCCCGUCAAAUGCCGUGUAAUCAUAUUUAUCAUACAGAUUGUAUUGUUCCCUGGCUGGUCCAGCACAACUCAUGUCCCGUUUGCCGCCAUGAAUUGCCACCACCAGGAUCCAGCAGUAGUUCCCGUAGUAGUCAGAGUUCAAGUGGAGCAACCAGAAGCAGCAGUUUUGUCAGUAAUACCAGUGGAAGACGGAACAAUUUAGAAAAUCAGGGAAGGCGCAAUCCUUUCUCCUUCUUGUGGCCUUUCCGCUCAAACUCGAGCUCAAACUCAAACACACAUUCACAUACCAAUUCGCAGUAUAACAUGCAUUAUAGUGAAUCUGGUGGAAGUAGCUCUACAACGGUGCGUGAAGAUGAUCAUCAUCAUCAGAUGAGUUAUUCUGGAUGGCCUUUUGAUUAUUAGGGCUCAUGAAAUUGGGGACCACUUUGUUUCACUUUUACAAUGCUCAUGUCCUCUGCUAUGAGAAAGUCACAAGAAUUUCCAGUUAGUCUUUAUCAACUUGAAAGUCACAAGAAUUUCCAGUUAGUCUUUAUCAACUUGAUUGGGCGUAGUUCUAAAAUGGUCUAGAGAUUGGGUGUUUAGCAGAUUACAAUGGCUUUUAAGUGCAAGGAAAUCUUUGUGUUUUUUCUGUAUCCAUCUUCUCUUAUAUGUAAUGUAAAAACUUUCCUUGCUUAUCUAAAUGCUUUCUAAAUGGUCAAAGUUGCUGUGUACCUUGAUAGUGAAUGACAUUGUAUUGUCGUUAUGUCAUGUAUAACCACUAGAAAAUCCUUUCAGGACGAAGGAAGAGAGAACAGUGUUUUUUUUUCA